AAUGGCCGACAUUAGUGUCAGACGAGAGGCGAGGAGGAGAAAACUGUUGCAGAGUUCAGAAGAACGGCUGCAGAAAAUUAAGCAGUUGAAUGAGAAAAAACAAGAGAAUUUUGCCACUGGUGAACCGAAGGAGGAUUCAGUGUUGUUGGCAGCCAUAACAACACCAAUUGCCUCAGUCAACCAAGCACAGUCUGAGAGUGCAAAGGAAGGCGACAGCAUAACUUCUACGUUGCCACCAGAAUGUUUACAAGCACGUCGCCCUCAUCAGACAGAUGUUGACAGAACCACAGCAGAGUCAGGUGACCAGACAAACAACAUACCAGAGUUUCACGCCACCGAGGAAGCAACCAGCGCAAGCGUCAGAAAAAUGUUUGGUGAAGUUGAAAUGGACUAUGAGGGUGACACUGAGGCAGUGUCCAGCACAGCGUCAGUUGCCGCUAGUCAAGAGACUUCGGAGAGAAACCUGAAAUUUCCUCAAGAGAGUGACCACAGCCCAGAAUCCACUGCCAGUGUGGAAGACUCAGACCCCGACAACUGCACUUCCGUCGCACAUUCCCCACACCCCGCUCCCAGCAAGCCUAUUCCAAAUAGCCUUUUACAAAAUAGAUCUCCACCCAUUCCUCCAUUUGGCAACAUUCCGAGUUCUGCGGCAGCUACAUCGCCAUUGCCAUCUCAACCUGGGACACCUGUACAUGUAGUUAGACAAGAUGCACACGAUCCCUCUGUUGCAGCUGACACUAGGCACUUCUUGACAGUGAGAGAAAUGUGUGUAGUCCUUCUAGCAAUUCUGCUGCGCCUCUCACUAAAUACCGAUUGGUUUCAAAGCUUCAUUGGCCAGUCGGUAAUCAUUCCAUUUAUUGCACUGCAAGUCAUGUUCUUCUGUCUGAGUCCCCAGACUCAGCACCCGCCAAGUGGUCUUAUAGUGAAACUUCUAAGCUUUGCAGCCGUUAUGAGCAACAUACCCCAAGCCACCAUCCAGAAGAUUCAACUGGCCUUUUCCUUAGCAAACCAGUUCUGCCAAGAUCUGGCAUUCUACCUGUUUGCAUUCAUCUUGACACAUGAAAUCGUGGAAGUUCUUUCGUGAGGACAGCUAUUUUGUUUCCCGUGGUGUUCAUUCUUUUCUCAUUCAGUUUGGUGUAUUUUAUAUGUAUUUCUGACAGUGUUCCAAGGAUUCUACAGCUUAGCAAAGAUUCUCUUGAGCAAGGCCAUUGACAGAUAUUUUAGACAACUCUUUGUACAUUUAUAAAAGUUUAGUGACUAAACUUGUUAAUUUUCUCCGUUCCAAAAAUUACUUUAAUUUCUUUUACGGACUCCUCCCCCCCAAAAAAGUAGAAAAAAAUGCUACGCGCUUCUUGUGGUGAAGUUGCUGUAAACCUGAAGUGUGCUGAAGAUGGUGUCACUGUUUUGCUUAUGAAUGUGGAAUUUUACAUUUGGAUAAAAUCCCAAACACUGUGAAAUGUACUUUGGUUAUGGCAAUAAAGAGUGUGAACAAUUAAGGCAUAUGGGCGUACAUGUACAUGCUAAGGGUGCCAUUUACGGAUUUUUUUGCGUGUUCCCUCCCGUGAAGUCGUAACAGCUUGUUCAAAAAAAAGAGAAAAGUUGUGCGUCGUUGUGUUAAUGGCAAUAAACAUUGCAGUCAGUGGCAUGAAA